UCUUUCCUUUUCAUUUUUUCGGCGAAAAUAGGAGGGACGAUACCCACGGGGUGCACGACAGGGGGAUGGAGGACUGGGAGCAGUGUUCGACUGCGUCGACGGAGGUGAUAGUGAAUCCAUGGUUGGAGACACGCACGAGGCUUUCUAUCGAUGCGGUGCAUCGGGAGUACAUGGAGAGAGACUGGAGGGAUCCGCGCUGGAACGUGGAUGUGAUGUUGGAAAGGUCCCUGGGCCUGAGUUCAGGGAGCGGAGCGGUGUUACGGGAGGUGCUACUGGCGGAGCAUGCGUGCGUCGCUGGUGCGUCUUUCUUUCCUGCGAGCGGUGCGAAGGGGGAAGAGAUGGAGAUCUUGGUGCGCCGUGGUAGUCUCGAUGAGGAGACGACAGGCGAGUGCCCGGGGGCCAGGUAUUCUCGACCGACGAGAGAGGUGAGGGCAGAUGGACUGCCGUGGUGGAGGAUUGAACGCGCUGGGCGCGGUCGCGGAAGUGUUGUGUACCUCUUGGAGGUGACGUCGGAGUCGCUGACUUCCUACCAGAUGAGCCGGGCGAGGAGCACGGAUGAGUGUGUGUGCGUGUACGGAGACGGGGUGGAGUUCCCGUUUCCCUGGAUUACUGCGUACUCACGCGCUCGGGUGGAGCGGGGGAUGCUGGUGCCUCUGAUCCUGGGGGAUAGUGCGGCGUGCGAUUUCUUUCGUGUGCAGCGCAGGAAGCGCUUUGCGAUUGCUGAUGAUGGACGGUUGGUGGACACCACGAGUGUGGCUGUAGCCUUCUGCACCGCUGAGAAGCUGGUGGAGGAUGAUCUCUGGGCCUGGAUGUGCUCACCCACCUUGGAAGAUGGUAUCUUCUUAGACUCGCGGAACGAGGGGCAUUUUGUUGCCUUACCCGUCUUCGACUCGCUCCCUUCACCGUCUGAGUGUCUCAGGUCGGCAGGUGUCAAGCAGGAGAGUGGGGGCUCUCUUCUGGCUUUUCGUACUUCUUUACGUCCCUAGCGUGUGUACUGCCAUUGCUGGCUGACAGAUAGCUUGCUUCUUCGACGAGUAGCGAGAAUUCACCGCGGCGUGGUGCGACAGGGUCUUGGAAAUGUCGUGGUAGAUCAUGUAGGAGGAGUGCACU